GUAUAUACUAUUUCUUCUAAUAUUUUUCAGAUUUGUUUCUGGUUUAUUCAUUUUUAUUCCUGUAGAGUCUUCAGUCUCUCUCAGCUCCUCCUGAAUCUACAGAAAAUAUCAGUGUCAGUUUCCUCUUUUCUUUUGAUGGUGUGAGAGAAUCUGUCAGUCAGCUGAGACACAAACUGGAGGAUUUCUGCAAAGAACUGAUGAAAAAGAUAUCUGACACUCACAGUAACAUUGUUCCCAGGACCAGAGAAGACUUCCUACAAUAUUUCCAUCAGUUCACUCUGGAUUCAAACACUGCACAUAAACUCCUUUAUUAUGAAUGGGAUGAAGAGGUGUCUUUCACUGAUAAACCCCAGCUGUAUCCUGAUCAUCCAGACAGAUUUGAUGUUUAUCCUCAGGUGUUGUGUAGAGAGAGUGUGAGUGGACGCUGUUACUGGGAGGUUGAGUGGAGUGGAGUGGAAGUGCGAGGAGGAGUGGUGGUGUAAAUGUAUCAGUGUCAUAUAAGAGCAUCAGCAGGAAGGGAUCUGGUUAUGAAUGUUUCUUUGGAUAUAAUGAUCAGUCCUGGAGUUUGUUCUGCUCUGACCGCAGUUUCUCAUUCUGGCACAACAACAGGGAGACUAAACUCGCUGUUCCCUCCAGCUGCGGUAGAAUAGGAGUGUAUGUGGAUGUGAGUGCAGGAACUCUGUCCUUCUACAGUGUCUCUGACACAGUGAACCUCAUCCACACAGUCCAGACCACAUUCACUCAGCCGCUCUAUCCUGGGUUUAAUGUUUGGGGA